UCACUUAGAAAAUCUAGUCAUCUCAUCUUCUGCAGCUGAGCUCACCACCACUACUAUUGCUAGCUAGAUCGAGAUGGCCCGUGCUGCAGUUGCUCGGCUCGUGCUGGUCGCCCUGGUGGCGACAAUGCUCCUCAUAACCACCGACGCGGCCAUCUCAUGCGGUCAGGUGAACUCCGCCUUGAGCCCCUGCAUCUCCUAUGCACGAGGCAACAGUGCCAACCCGUCUGCGGCCUGCUGCAGCGGCGUCAGGAGACUUGCGGGCGCAGUGCGGAGCACCACUGACAAGAAAACGACGUGCAACUGCAUCAAGAGCGCUGCUGGUGGGCUCAGCGCUGGCAAGGCCGCCGACAUCCCCUCCAAGUGCAGCGUCAGCAUCCCAUACGCCAUCAGCCCUUCCCUCGACUGCUCUACUAUUCGCUAAUCAACCACUGCCCACCAUGGCUGCUGCAUAUCGCGCCAUCCGACGUUUCUGAGUAUGCUUAAGUCACAAAUACAUAUGAAUAAACGUUCUGACCUGAUCUCUAUGUGAGGGAGAAAGGAGUGCGUACGCUGAGCCAGCUCUGAAUGGCCGGCCACUGUCGUACUAUUUUUGCUUUUUACUUUCACUCCCAUUGAGGAGACACGAGACUUUAUUGUACGUUGUACCAUGUACACUUCUAGUAUGUGGAUUGUACUUAUAAUUA